AGUGUGCAGGACGCUAAUAAAACCAUAGCAAAGUAUGAGGAGGAACUUUGUCCAACAAAAGAGGAGAAGGAGCGACAACAUCAACUACUGGACGCUGUUUUCAAGAAACAUCAAGUUGUGUUACACAGAACAGACCUCAAUGAAGAACAUCUACCUCAUGAGCGGGAGGUGGAACCACAGUCCCCCCACAUACACAAGGAAGAAGAGGUACCACAUUCCCAACACAUCAAAGAGGGAGGAGAGGAGCCACAUCCCCCCCACAUUAAAGAGGAAGAUGAGACGCCACAGACCCAUAAUGUUAAACUGACCCUUCACAUUAAAGGGCAAGCGGAGGACCCACUGAUCUUACACAUCAAAAAGGAAGAGGAUGAUCCACUGACCCCUCACUUUAAGGAGCAAGAGAACCCACUGAACCCUCACUUUAAAGAGGAAGAAGAGGACCAAGAGCCGCCGCACAUUAAAGAGGAAGAGGAGGAAGAGGGCAUCAGUCAGCCUAAAUGGUUGGAGGAGUUCCCAGUGACUGGUGUCCCUGUGAAGAGUGAAGAUGAUGAGGUGAAAGGUGAAAGUGAGGAGAGGGGAGGGGGGGAGCCUCCAAGCAGCAGCUCAACACAACACAUGACAACAGAAGCUGAUGGAGACCACUGUGGAGGAUCACAAGCAGACAAGCUCUUAGCUCCACUAUCAGAUAGUGAGGACACAACGUCACACUCUCCUGACACUGAUGAUGAAGACUCUAAAGAUGAUAAGACAUGUCACACUGACAACACUCACUUCACAUCUUCUCUCUGUCACAAAACUUUUAAAUACCCAAGUCUUCUGAAAGCACACAUGAGAACACACACUGGAGAAAAACCUUUUUCUUGCUCAGAAUGUGGUAAAGGUUUUUUACUUCGUUCAAAUUUGAAAGUACACAUGAGAACACACACUGGAGAAACACCUUUUUCUUGCUCAGUAUGUGGUAAAGGUUUUGGACUUAGUCAGAAUUUGAAAGUACACAUGAGAAGACACACUGGUGAAAAACCUUUUUCCUGUUCAACCUGUGGUAAAGGUUUUACACAAAGUCAGAGUUUGAAAGUACACAAGAGAACACACACUGGUGAAAAACCUUUUUCCUCUUCUACCUGUGGUAAAGGUUUUACACAAAGUCAGGAUUUGAAAGUACACAUGAGAACACACACUGGAGAAAAAACUUUUAUCUGUUCAAUCUGUAGUAAAGGUUUUGCAGAAAGUCGAUAUUUGAAAGAACAUAUGAGAACACACACUGGUGAAAAACCUUUUAUUUGUUCAAUCUGUCGCUUAUCUUUUGCAAGGAAGGGAUAUAUGAAAGUGCACAGGAGAACACACAGUGGUGAAAAACCUUUUUCCUGUUCAAUCUGUGGUAAAGGUUUUACACAUAGUACAGAUGUGAAAGUACACAUGAAAACACACACUGGUGAAAAAUCACAUUCCUGUUCAAUCUGCAACAGAAGCUUUAGUCGACAAUCAACCCUUGUAAGACACAUGAGAACACACACUGGUGAAAAACCUUUUUCUUGUUCAACCUGUGGUAAAGGUUUUACACAAAGUCUGAGUUUGAAAAGACACAUGAGAACACACACUGGUGAAAAACCUUUUUCCUGUUCAAUCUGCAACAGAAGCUUUUGUGACCGAUCAAGCCUUGUAGCACACAUGAGAAGACACCCAGGAGAGAAAGUGUUGAGUUGCAGUGUGUGUGGUGAAAGAUUGUCUUCUAAGUACCAGUGUAAGAAACACAAGUGUGCUGGUGAGAACAGCAGCAGCAAAUGAAACUGCAGGAUUUGAAAUAAACUGUCCAGACUUUCAUUUUGACUUUCUAACAACAUCAGCACAUAUAACAUGUGUGACAUUGUUGUUUGUCUAACAAUCUGUUUAAUAUGCUUCUACAUUUAUAGAUUAGAUAUUUUAUA